ACCUGAAACCACAGCUCAGCGGCCAUGGCGAUGCAAAUAAGAUACCUUCUGCUGUGCCUCAUAGUCCUGGCCAACUCACUGGCUCAGUUUGAGACCGUGAGUGCGUAUUUCAACCGCACCAGCUUCCCUAAGGAUUUUGUUUUCGGCGCAUCUUCAGCUGCCUACCAAUAUGAAGGUGCAGCCAACGAAGGUGGGAAAGGCAAAAGCAUUUGGGAUACCUUCGCGCAUGAAUAUCCUCAAAAAAUAUCUGACGGUAGCAAUGGAGACGUGGCCGAUGACUUCUAUCAUCGCUACAAGGAAGAUAUUCAAUUCAUGAGUGAAAUGGGAUUGGAUGCUUUCAGACUCUCCAUCUCCUGGCCUAGAGUAUUACCUCGUGGAAAGUUAAGUGGAGGAGUAAAUAAGGAAGGAAUUGCCUUUUAUAAUAAAGUCAUUAAUCAGCUUCUCGCAAAAGGCGUACAACCUUAUGUCACAAUCUUUCACUGGGAUCUUCCACAGGCACUAGAGGAUGAAUAUGGUGGCUUCCUAAGCCGCAAAUUUUUGGAUGAUUAUCGCGAUUUUGCAGAGCUUUGCUUCAAGGAAUUUGGUGAUAGAGUAAAACAUUGGAUCACCUUCAAUGAGCCCUAUGUUUACAUUGUAAACGGUUAUGACUUGGGUGGAUUUGCACCUGGUCGAUGCUCGGCAUUCAAGAAUAACAAUUGCUCUGCUGGAAAUUCUGCAACAGAGCCUUACACUGUUGGUCACAAUUUGCUUCUUGCCCAUGCAACAGUAGUGAAAUUAUACAAGGAAAAAUAUCAGGCAAUUCAAAAGGGACAAAUUGGGAUCACCCUUGUGUCUCAAUGGAUGAUCCCGUAUUCCAAUUCUGUGACAGACAAAAAAGCAGCUUAUAGGGCACUCGAUUUUAUGUAUGGAUGGUUCCUUCGUCCAUUGGUAUAUGGAGAAUACCCACGGAUCAUGCGUGCCAUUCUAGCAAGACGAUUACCAAAGUUCUCUCCAAAGGAGGCUGCGUUGGUGAAAGGGUCUUAUGACUUUAUCGGACUAAACUACUACACUGCAAAUUAUGCAGCUAAUAAUCCUACUCCCAACAAAGUUAACCUUAGCUCUGUAACUGACAACCGUGCCACACUUACAACUGAGCGAAAUGGUGUCCCCAUUGGCAAACCAACUGGAGUAAGCAGUUUCUUCUCUGUUCCAAGUGGACUUACAGAUCUUUUGAUCUAUGGCAAAGAAAGAUACAAGAAUCCAACCAUUUACAUUACGGAGAAUGGGUUAGGUGAUUUCAACAAUCAAACUGUUGCUGAGGGUAUCAAGGACCCACAAAGGAUUGAAUUCUACCGCAAGCAUCUUUUGGCGGUCCUCCAAGCUAUUUAUUCGGGUGUUGACGUGAAAGGCUUCUUUGCCUGGUCUUAUCUCGACACAUACGAGUGGAGCGGUGGGUACACCUUGAGAUUUGGCCUCAAUUACGUUGAUUAUAACGACAACCAGAAGAGAUAUCCCAAAGAUUCAGCUUAUUGGUUUAAGAAAUUCCUCCUCAAAUAAAAAUCAUAAAGUUGUACCAUUUUUUUUUUUUUUCAUCAUGUUUGAUAAAGAUGGAGACGUACUCUUAGUUUGAGUCUUCCUUCUCAAUCGUCUUGAGAUUUUUCAAGGUUGUAUGCCUAUUUAGUUCUUAGACUUUGCUUUAAUGCAAGAGGAAUAAAAUGUUAUGGUGGCGUGUUCUUACUUAUCUUUACAUU